AUGGUUUUCGCCAAGCUUCUCCCCUUGUUGGGGUUGCUCUCUGCGGCGACUGCUGUUCUGGGUUCCGCUCACGUCGCGCGUUGUGGUCAAAAUGAAACCUCAGACUCCUUCACCAACCCAGUGCUCUACGAGGACUACCCCGACAACGACAUUUUCACGGGGCCUGACGGCAAAUUCUACUUCUCAGCGUCCAACUUCCAUUUCAGCCCCGGAGCACCUAUCCUCCGUUCCGGGGACCUUGUCAAUUGGGAGCCCGUGGGCCACUCGAUCCCACGCCUCAACUUUGGCGACGGCUACAAUCUCAACAACGGUCGAGCCUACCGUGGUGGCACCUGGGCCUCGACACUCCGCUUUCGCGAAAGCAAUGGCCUAUGGUACUGGAUUGGCUGUGUCAACUUCUGGCACACGUGGAUUUUCACGGCGCCCUCGCCCGAAGGUCCCUGGAGCACGAGUGCACGUCUGGGCGACGGCGUAUGCUACUACGACCUUGGCUUGCUGAUUGACGAUGACGACACGAUGUACGUCGUGUACGGCUCUGGCAAUGUGCGCGUCGCCCAGCUCUCUGCGGAUGGGCUUUCCGAAGCUCGCUCGCAGGAAGUCUUCGAAGCCGCCGACGUGGGAGCUGAUUCGAUUGAAGGCAACCGUAUGUACAAGAUUAACGGGACUUACUACAUCCUCAAUGACCGGCCCGGAUCAACGACAUACAUUUGGAAAUCCGAGAGCCCAUGGGGCCCCUACGAAUCCAAGAUACUCGUCGACAGCGUGACGCCGCCCCUCAACGGCGGCAACUCGCCGCACCAGGGCAGCCUCAUCGAGACGGCGAAGGGUGAUUGGUACUUCAUGUCGUUCACCUGGGCCUACCCUUCGGGUCGUCUUCCCGUUCUACGCACCCAUCUCCUGGGGGAGCAAACGGCUUCCCCCGUCUUCGUCAAGGCAAAAAACAAGGUGAACAACGGCCUCACGCUUAGCACCGCCAGCGUGACGACCGACCUCUACGCGGCGAAGAACACGUUGACGCACCGCAUCCACGGCGAGUUCCCCGUCGGCACGGUCGAGCUCGACUUUUCGUCUCUCGCUGACGGCGACCGCGCCGGCCUCGCGGCGUUCCGCGACCAGAGCGCCUCCAUCGGCGUGUACCGCGCCGGCGACGCGUACGCGCUGACUGCUGUGCACGGCAUGAUCAUCGACGAGUGGAACGGAACGACGAUUUCAACGGGACGCGUCGAGGCGACGGCACCGGUGCCUGCUGGGGCGCGCAAGGUAUGGCUGCGGGCAGAGCUCGACGCGAGGCCGGCGGGCACGAGAGCGGCGAACUUCUUAUACAGCUUCGACGGCAAGGCCUUCACGACGCUGGGCGGAACGUAUCAGAUGACGAACGGCUGGGCAUUCUUCCUGGGGUACCGGUUCGGAAUCUUCAACUACGCAACCAAGGCACUCGGGGGUUCGGUCAAGAUUGAGUCGUUCACGACGGCGUGA